AAAGCGGCGUUGGUUUGGUUCGUGUGACCUUUUCCGGCGGUAUCAAUGGAAGCUACGCGUACUUCCAAUAGGAGUCUACCGAUCCGGGUGGAGAACCCCUUCUCCCUCAAGGUUGCGCAGGUCUUCACGGGGUUCGGCAUAGGCUGCGGGGUCGGCAUCGGCAUCGGGCGACCCAUAUAUCUAGGUGCAAUACCAGCAGUUCAGCAAGUCUUGACUGCUGCUAGAGGUGCCACUGAUGCUUUUUCUGGUGUUGGCAGACAUGUUAAUGGUUCUCUGAAGAAAUUGGGAUUGAAGAACAUCGAAGUUGGUAUCGGAUGUGGCGUGGGUAUAGGCCAUGGUUUUGGUGUAGGAAUUGCCUUGAAGCCUGGUGUGGUUAACCGGAUCCAGAAUUGUUUUGGGGAAGUCAUGGGGAAGAUCAUGAUGAAUCUAGGAAGUAUACCUGGCUUAUCUUCUGUCCAAGGUAUCAUCCCAAGUCCUGGUCAAAACAGCAUCAAUCUGCUAAAUGGAACUCCUGUUGGAAAUGCGCAAGUCAGCACCCUUAGAUAUUCAACGUAUGAUGAAAGACCUGCUGAAGAAGCUACUAAUAUUUCUCACGCAUCAAAAGAGACACUAUCAGAAAAGUCAGUUACAAAUCGAACUGAAAAAGUUAUCAACAAUUUCAUGCAGGAUCCACUUUUCAAGGAUGCUGAGGUCAAACUUAGUGAAGUGGCUGGAGAUUUGCGCUUAGAAAAUAAUGUACUUCAAAUGCUGCUGAAGCACCAGCAAGUUAUCGAAGAAUUGAUCGAGGAGAACCAGAUCCUACGACAAAUACUUGCGGAGGACUUUAAAGUUCCAUUGUCCAAGCUUCAAGCCAAGAAAGACAAUAGAAGAAAAGCCUAUUACCCAUGUUCUGACUGUUUCGAGUGCCGUAGAAGAAGAAGAUCAGCAAGAUGACAUUCACCACACUGUCGUAAUGUCAGCAUGCAUCUGUUGCCCAUUCUGGUGUCAUGGUCCCGCCAGUCUCAAGUUGUUUUGCUGUAGGCUGUUCCGAUCAUCGUAAGCCAGAAAGAUGUGCAUUAAUUACUUAGAUUCAUCAGGUUUUGACUAGUUAUGGCUGAAUUGAGUGACAGUAACAAGUCAUCAAAAAUAUGCAACGGCUUGCUGUUUCACAUAGACCUGUUGAAAACGAGUGCCACUUUCUAUGGUCAGGGUCAUGAGAAUAACAUGUUUAAAGAUUGCAUUAUAAUGAUGGACACAUCUCAUCUCAUGACUUUUUUUUGGAAAGGGGAAGAUUUGUGGACUGAGUGAGGUCCACAGUCACAUUGAUAGGUAA